CUAUAUCUAUCUACUACUGGAUCUUCUUGUUCCCUGUCCAAAAAUCAAAUUGCCCUAAACAAAAUAAAUUGAGAGCUCAAUAAUCCUCGUCUCAUUCAGAAUCAAAAUCAAAAUGAUUAGUUCAGUACCACUCCCAUCAUCAGCAUCAUCAUCUUUACUAUUUGAUACCAUUGAUCUUCCUCGAAACAAGUAUAUGAUAAAGCCAUCAUCCUCGAUGAUCUGUUGUUCUUCGUCUUCUUCAUCAAGAAGUGUUCCAAAGCUUGAACCUUUUAGCAGAAACAAAAUUGAUCGUGGUAUUAAAGAACUCCCUUUUGUUCAGAAAUCUGAAAAUGAACUUGCAGAUUACUGUUCAACACUUGAAGGAGAUAAAGCUUAUAGCUGUUGGAGAGCUUACUUUGAGCUCAAAGAUCUUGAAAAUGAGUUUACUAAGGAGGAAUUAGAGAUGUUAGUAAUACAAUCAGGAGGAGUGAAAUCACUGAUUGAUUGUGUUCAUGGGAUAACAUCAAUGCAAAAGAAGAAGAAAAAUGAGGAAAUUGUUAACGAAUCAAUGAAAACAAUUAAUCAAGAAAAGAAACCAUUCCCUGUUCCUGAUGGAUUACCAAAAUCACAAGAAGAAAUUGAUGAAGAAGAAGAAUCCAAAAUGCCAGAUUCUUCUUUUACUAGAUUACUUAGAAGUAAAGGCAAAUUUCCUGCUUGGUUUUCUCCUGUACCUGAUCAUGAGACUGAUUAGCAAGGUACGGUUUUCAUUACUGAUUGCUAUUGUUUUCUUAGUAGCAAGUUCCUCACAAGUUUCUGUAAAUAUUUCGCACACGGGAUUUCGUUAAUAAUAAUGAUUUCAAGUUUGAUAUUUUUGCCUUCAAUAAAUGGUUUAUUUUAGCCGUCA